AUGGCCAGUCAUGCAAUUAGCGCCCCGUCCAGGAAACUGGACGAGUUCGAGGAGCUCGUCUACGGACAUACGGGCCGAAUGGGCAUAAACGAGGAACACUGGGACGUCGAUGCCCGCGGUUGUAACCUCCGCUUUGAAUCCGCAACCCGCGGUCCUCCGGCCAAAGUCUCGUUCCUUAUAACGGUCACUCCUGCGCUGAGCAAUUCCUUCGGGAACCUCCACGGAGGCUGCGCUGCGACUUUGAUCGAUGUCCUGUCUACCACUAUCUUGCUGGGCGUCUCCAAGCCUGGUAACUUUAGUCUCGGUGGUGUCAGCCGCAAUCUCAAAUUGACGUAUCUGCGCCCUGUGCCUACGGGUAUUGAGGCGCGUGUUGUCUGCGAAGUUAUCCAUGUUGGCAAGCGAUUGGCAUUGCUUCGGGCUGAGAUCCAGAAGGCUGAGACUGGGGAUGUUUGUGUCGUUGGGGAGCAUGAGAAAGCCAAUACAGACCCCGAGGUGACGCAGCGGAUUUGA